CAAAGCUGAGAUUUUUUUAAUCAUCAACAUCAAAUAUAGAAUUUUUAAAUUAUGAUUUUUCUAAAAAAACUUGUAAACAAGUUAAGAUACUUAUACAUUAGUUGGUACUUGAUUGAUCCUCUUAAAUCCUAAAGCCUCAUUGCCAGCUGAAACUUCCUCCUCCCGACUGAUCUACAGUCUCAACGGCUCCACGGCUUCACCGCAGCACCAAGCCACCAUUCUAAGGCUGACCUCGACUACUGCUGUCGGCAGUCGGCUGACCUGAACAGCUUUCGCGUUCUUCCUUUCGGCUUGCCGCUGGUCUUUGAAGAAGGGUACAGCUGCUGAAAAUGGCUUCAGAACAAAAAACAGAAGCUACUCAAGAUACCGAUGGCGGUGAAUCAGCUGUUGGGCUUGCACAAAAAAUUGAAGCAAAGUAUCGUGAGCUGAAGGAGCAUGCUGAAACUUACCCUUAUGUAUGGGCAUCAUACGCGGUUGUAUAUGGUGGAUUUGGACUUUGGUUUGCAUACAGAUGGAGGAAACUCCGGAGGACUGAAGACAGAGUACGAGCCCUACAAGAACGUUUGCGUCAACUUGCUCAAGCCGAGGAGUCAGCGAGUAAGAGUUCUUCAGCCACUAAGGUAGAGUCAGCGAGUAAAAAUUCUUCAGCCACAAAGAUGGAAUCAGAGAAUAACAGUUCUUCAGCCUCUAAGGUGGACAAACCACCCAAAUAGGCAUCGAAGUUGCCCAUCAUUGCUCGACUGAAUUAUUUUAGUGUUUGAACUUGGAUGGGCAAUGCCUCGACUACUGGGAUAAUCUACCUUUCUGUUUUCUAAGACUGAAAUAGAUUAGAUCAUCACAAUUUAUAUGGAUAGUAUGUAAUACAGUGUCCAAAGUCAAGUUAUUUGGCCUCUUUUUGACCGAUCAUUUGAUACUGAUGAAAGCCUGUAACGCU